AUGUGGUGGCGCGUGGGGGCGUGUGGAGGCGUGUGGAGCAGCGUGGAGCAGCGUGGAGCCGCGUACAGCAGUGAGCUUAGAGGUAGUAAGGAACUACCCUGGUUGACGUUGAGGGCUGCUAAUGGGCUAAACAUCCCGUGGGUGGGUUACCUAGUGGCAGACUUUGUGGUGCAGGGGGUCCGGGUGCCAGCGCGCGGCAUUGUAGUUGCUAAGGACAGUUGUGUGGGAGCCGAUAAAGCAAUCCUUGGAAUGAAUGUAAUUGCGGACUGUUGGGAAGAGCUUUUUAACAAAUACCAGGUGUCCUCCAAACAGUCAAAACCGCUGCUGGGUCGAGAGUGGCACUCUGUGUUUGCAGACUGCCAACGCAUAAGCACGGUCUUUUCUGCCGACCCAUGGAAAGCAACGGCAAGGUUAGCCAGCCGCACCCCUGUUACUAUCCCUGCACAGAGCGAAAUGACUCUUUGGGCCAAAAUUCCUCUAUCGUCCCAACAUUGGCAAUGUGAGGCACUAGUAGAACCCCUUGGGGAAAACGGAGGGGUCGAGGUGGCAAGAGCCCUGGUGACUGUGGGAAAGGGCCGUAUUCCUGUGCGGCUCAGGAAUGUUCAUCCUUACGCGGUUCAGCUGAGCAGGUUCCAGAGGCUGGCGACAGUUACAGCUAUCGACCCCGACAGCAUUAGGGACGGUAAGGAGCUGUCCUUGGUGGAGGUGGAUCCCGGAGUCGUGGAAGUCCGCCUGGUCGAUGCUGCUCCCAAACCAGAAGUAACCAACGUAAGCCCUGCUGUUCCUGUCCCUGGGGGAGAUGGACUGACGGAGGAGGAACAGGGGAAGUUGGACGAGCUGCUAAAUCGAUGGCGGCAUGUCUUCUCUACCCACGAAGAGGACUAUGGGCGGACGAGUGCUGUGAAACACACCAUAACAACAGGUGAUGCAAAUCCUAUUCGCGAGAGAUUCCCCACUGAAACUCCAAACCAGGCCCUAGGUGACCCGGACCAGCUUGUGGGAGUGGUAGAGACCGCCAUUACCCCAACCAUAGGUGGCAGUUUGGGAUGGGACGUGGCGCGAUGGAGAAGCCUUCAAGCUGAAGAUCCGGAUCUGCGUAAAAUCAAGCCUCACAUCGAGAGAGAUGGGACACCCAGGGCUAGAGAGAUCCCUGAGUCUGCUGCGAAGGAGUUUUUACUGGCCCCGAAUGGAGGACACAAUCGACACCUGGCUACAAGCUUGCCCGCGUUGUGUAUUACACAAGCCCGGACCCCCAGGUAA